GUUCCAAUGUUUGUAGGGUCUAAUCGGUUUACUUCAGUUUUGUUGUUGUCUCAAGCCAAACAAACCGCCGUUUGCAACUAUUCUGAAUUACCAUUAUGAAAAAAGGAAACUAUUGUGAAUUACUAUUAUGAAUGUGGUUUAUGCACGUUUGAUAUUGUUAUCACAGAUUUAAAAAAAAACUUUCGAAACCAACUAAGCACUUCGUUCAGUCAUGACCCAUUUUGCACUGGCUUCUUUUACGUCGGUGAAAUUCACCGUCAACUGAGUGGAGUCACUUUCACGUAAACUGCUCAUUUAAAAAAUAUGUAACAUUAAUCAAUUAAUUCGUGAAGCCUCUAGAAUUCAGCGCAAACGAUUCUCCCGAACCUGUUCGCAAAACAGAAUUGGCGAUUGAUGAGAAUCGACCUGUUUUUCUGAUGGAAGAGCCUAGAUAAUUCAUUACUACAACCGCGUGUGACGGGAUGUGAAAUAGCGGAAGUACUAUAGACGUAUGUGCGAAGUGGGCGAUCCUCAUUGUAGAGUGAUGCGCUUAUUGACAAUGAGUUCCCUUGUACAAAGACUUGUGCCUACGAGCGCCUCAUUUGCAUCCGUUUCCGACCCCGUAAUGUAUGCACCCCGUCAAACACCUGGGAGUCUGCACGAUUCAAACAACGCGUGAUAACAUUUCUCUGCGCUCAGAAAAAAAAUGCAAAGUCCGGAGCUCCUGGAGGUGGAAAUGUGUCAGUUGUGGAAAAUCAAAUUGGGAGCGCUAAAGCAGUCGGUAGUUAUUUGGUCGUGGAAGAUUUCACAGAGACCGUCUUCUUCUAAAGAUAGGUGUGAGAUUCACCAUGAGAAGCUGAGUGUCUAUUGUGCAUCAUGCAAGAAGUGUAUCUGUCAUCAAUGUGCCCUUUGGGGGGGAAUGCAUUCUGGGCACACUUUCAAGCCACUAGAUGAGGUGUAUGACCAGCAUGUGUCAUCCAUUACAGAUGAGGUGGCUGCUCUUCGACGGAGACUUAUGGAGCUUAUCAGCCUUGUCCAGGAAGUGGAACGAAAUGUGGAAAGUCUAAGAGAGGCUAAAGAAGAGCGUGUAAGGGAGAUUCGUAAUGCUGUAGAGCUAAUGAUUGCUCGGCUGGACUCUCAAUUGAAGAGCAAGUUACUUACUCUUAUGGGGCAAAAGAACUCCUUGACCCAGGAAACAGAACUCCUUGAAUCAUUACUGCAAGAAGUUGAGCACCAGCUCCACUCAUGCUCGAGAAGUGAGCUGAUUGGCAAAAGCGGAGAUCUCUUGCAAAUGUUUAACCAAGUCCACAGGAAACCGAUGGCAUCUUUUGUCACCCCUCCCAUUCCAGCUGACUUUACCAGUGAGAUUGUUCCUUCCUAUGACACCAGUACGUUUUGCAUCACAAACUUCAGCAUGCUCAGGAGGAAGGCAGACCCUGUCUAUAGCGAAGCCCUUAAAGUCAAUGGACUUAGCUGGAGACUCAAAGUGUACCCGGAUGGAAAUGGUGUUGUCCGUGGAAAUUACUUGUCUGUUUUCUUGGAACUCACAGUGGGAUUACUGGAGACCUCAAAGUAUGAAUACCGUGUGGAAAUGAUCCAUCAUGCCUCGCCAGACUCCAGCAAGAAUGUAGUCAGGGAAUUCGCGUCCGAUUUCGAGGUUGGAGAAUGCUGGGGCUACAACCGGUUCUUUCGGCUCGAUCUCCUGGGAAGCGAGGGUUAUUUGAACACCGCAAACGAUACGCUUAUUCUACGUUUUCAAGUUCGUCCACCCACAUUUUACCAGAAAUGCCGCGACCAGCAAUGGUAUAUAAACCAGAUGGAAACUGGGAAACUGCAGUACAUCCAACAGAUGAAUGACCUAAAAGAGAGACUGGCAAUUGAGUUGUCACGCAACCACGCCGCACCCCCGCGCGCCUCCUCGUGUGCGUCGGAUGAUAUCAGCAGCGUGUCGCUCUUAGAACAGUCCAUCGACGAUACCGAUGAUACCGCUGACCAUGCCGCUGUCAAGCAACCGUGGGACAGUCACGUGGCGAGCACGGGUGCCAGCAAAGGAAGCGGUACCGUCGUCUCUAAGAAGGGGCGCAAGCGGGCUGCCGUGCACAUCGCCUUAGACGUCGAGAUGGCUUCAGGUCCAGCCUCGCAAGCAUCCGAGGAAGGGGAGGAGAUGAUCACGGAAGGUGAGGCUGCCGCCGACGAGGAAGGUGAAGAGGAGGAAGAGGAGGAGGAAGCCGAGGAGGACACAGACGUGGAGACGGAUGAGGAUGAUCUUGAGAUACACGAGCAGACUUACGAGGGAAGCGCCGCCAAGACCUCUGACACAGAGACCAGUGCCCAUCAACAAGCUAGCAGCGAUGGGUGCUCCUUCCCUGAAGUCGAAGAUACCUAUUAUGACAUACCGAGCAGCCACCAGCACUCCUCGAAGACGCCUGACCCAGGGGGGAGGGAGGCACCUGACCCAGAGGGGAGGAGUGCGUGGGAGUUGUCAGGAGGAUAUGACGAUGGCUGGACUCUGGAGGAUGUGCAGUUUGAGCUGAUUGACAUGAAUGAAGAGAAACCCGUCGAUGAGCCUGUAGCUGAGCCAAAGCCUGAACCGCCGCCCCAGCCAGACUCUGCGCCAGGGGCAUCCUCGUCACCAAAUUCAUCCGCAGCCGCCGCGCUCACACUAGUAGAUCCCGAGGCACGGGCCCUGCUAAACCUUCUCAAACUCGGCGAGACACGCUCGCGAUGGAAGAGCGGCCGCAAUCCCGAGAACGCUCGCAAGACGGUGUCCUUGAUUGAGCAGUCACGUGCGGAGGAGCGAGCCGCAUCCUCGAGUCGCGCGCGAUACGAGCGCUGCACGAGUAUGCUAGAGAAGCUCCAGAGCUGUCUGAACCGAGCCGAGGCCAAGAACUCAGCCGCAGCACUGGACACACUCAAGAGUAUAGAAGAUACAAUGUCAAGUGUGACGUCAGCACGGCAUUCCCGACCCCAUCGCUGUCAGCGGAGAGGAGCCUCGCUUCCAGUUCUAGACAGGGAACCCAAAGCUAGAAAAUCGCCCCCAAAGCGAAGCCAAAAGGCAGCCGUGACAGCAGACCUGGACAUGGGCGGGUGCAGCCCAGAACAGGAUACCACAGGGAGCCCGCCACAUCACCUGCCUGAAAAGAUUGACAGCUCGACAUCGUCGAACUCCAGCUCUGGCAGUAAAGAGACCGUGCGCAAGGUCGCCAAGUCGCCAUCGCAAACAAUAGUAGGGAUGGAUGGACUGCAGAAGAGCGCACAGUUGCUCUCGGAACUCAAGAGAACUGCCACUUUUAACAAAGCAUUCCGCUUGAGCUACACAGGGCCUGAUGAAGACGACCUCGAGUCUACGAUGUUACAUAACACGUCCGACCUUCUGAACGAAGGUUCGUGCGAGGAAGACAGCGUGUUGUACGUCAGCACUCACUCUUCAGACGAAGAAGAAUUUGGUUCAACCCUGAGAUUAGGAGAGGAAGCUGGUGUCCCUCCCGUCUCUACCCUUGCUGGGACAGCGUUUGCUUCAGGGACGGACACGACUGUUGCGACAACGACAGCAACUAGCCGAGCAGAACAAACCGAGAUUCAAGCGACCUCCAACCCAGCUGAAAAGUCUUGAACAGUUGGAAAAUAAUAGCUACCAGUAAAUCACUAUGGAUAAUCGACUACAAAAAAGAAAGAAAAUCGGGACCAAAAACAGAAGGAAAUCAAAAUACAGUUUAAAGAAAUACACCGUUUCGCUCAAUGGAGUUUGGUGUUCAGCUAACGUGACCUAGCUGAUACUCUUAGAAAAUUUAGCCAAAGUAUCGUAAGAUGAAUAUAAAUGGGCGAUUACAAAUAAAAGGGCGCACGUAAAAUAUUCCGAGAAUCCAACAAUUUGGUGCAUUUUCCCAUAAUCCAAUGCCCGAUAGUCAGCGCAUUGUUUUUCUCGAUGAUCAGUUGUGCUGGGAAAACUCGCUUUUGUUCGUUGUUAUUUCGAAAUGACUGCCGGCAGUAAUGCCCCACGCUAGCUGGCUGAUAGAUAUGUGAGAAAUAUUUUUUGUAUGAGAGUUAUGUAUAUAGAAUGGCUAUUGUGCGAGAGAACACACGAAUAAUUGCUGCUAAUAGAACUGACAAAUGAUAAUACAGAUAAAAUAUAUAAAAAAAUGUAUAAAAUAGUUUGAUUUGCUUGGAUGAAAGUAUUAUAUUCUUGUACAGUUAUUUGUUAGAAAUAAACGUCAUUUGUCUGUC